AGAUCAAAUUCAUCCAAAUUUACAUGAAAAAAAAAAGAAACGGAAAAAAAAUUCUCACGGUUUCAGUUUUUAGGAAUAUACACAUACCAUAUACAGGCGAAGAAUUAAUUUAAGAAGAAAUGGCGGAAGAAGCUGCCGUGGGACUGGGAUUUCUGCUAGAAAACUUGAAGCAGCUACUUCUUUAUAAUGCACAUCUGAUUCUAAAUGUGAAGAGCUACGUCGAAUCUCUGCACAACGAUCUGCAAUUGUUCAACGCCUUUCUAAAAGACAUGGCAAAAAGGGACAACAACCCUGAAGUCCCAAAUACACUGGUGAAGCAAAUCAGAGACGUUGUGUACGAAGCAGAAGGCUGUGUGGACAUGUAUGUUUCUCGGUCAGCUAUGCAAAGGACUCGAAGUGGCCUAAUGAAAGUUGUCCAUAUAUUCGAUGAUCCGACGAAGCGUCGAGAUAUGGCAGAGAAGAUUAAGUCUAUAAGGGCCAUGGUCAACGAUAUAUUGGAUGAUACGCGAGAUACGGCAGUGGAGAAUAAGUCUAUGAGGGCCAAGGUCAAUUAUAUAUAUCAAGACAAGAAAUAUGGGUUUGAAGCCCAGCUAGUUGCUGCUCCUCCCGACAAAAAGGAAGAGGCUCCCAUUGUGGAAGACAACGUGGUUGGCUUUAAAGAUGAGGUCGAAAAAGUAACCAAACUUCUCAUUGAAGGACCUGAGGAACUACAAGUUAUAUCAAUAGUUGGUAUGGCAGGUCUUGGCAAGACAACGCUGGCUAAAAUGAUAUAUACUGAUCCUAAUGUUAUCUUUGAAUUCUACAAUCGUGCAUGGGUUUUUGUUUCUAAAGAAUAUAGUAAAAAGGAAAUGCUUCAGGAUAUUCUACAACAAUUUACUAAGCCUAGUGAUGUUGACAUGAAUGAAGACGAAUUAGCCGACGAACUUCGUAAAUUUUUGGAGAAAGGAAAAUAUUUAAUUGUCAUGGAUGACGUGUGGACUAACGAGGCUUGGGAUGAUUUUAAAACUGCCUUUCCUGAAAACAAGAACAAGAGUAGAAUUCUACUCACUACUAGUAUUGAGAAAGUGGCUAACCAUGCCAACCCCAACAUUGAUCCCUAUAAGUUGCGUUUUCUAACUACUGAAGAAUGUAUGAUUUUACUCCGAAGGAAGGCACUUGGAUCAAUGGAGUGCCCGGAUGAGUUGAGAGAACACGAACUGCAAAUUGUUCAGAAAUGUGAAGGACUACCACUUGCAAUAGUGGUGAUUGGAGGAAUUCUGCUAGGAAAAGGUAAGGAAAGUGAAUCGUGGAAAAAAGUUGCUGAAAGUGUGGAGGCAUUUAUUAACAUGGACAAUGAGAAAAAGAUGGACCAUUUUAUAGAAAUGAGUUUUAACAAUUUACCUUAUCACUUGAAAACAUGUUUUCUCUACUUUGGGAUAUUUCCUGAAGACUUCCAAAUUCCGGUGUGGAAACUGCUUCGCCUUUGGAUCGCUGAAGGAUUCAUACAGCAAAGUGAAGGAAUGAACAUGAGUUUGGAGGAUAUUGCUGAAGAGUACUUGGAGGAUUUCAUCAGCAGGAAUUUAGUCAUGGUUGGGCAAAGGAGGUUAAAUGGCAAAGUUAAAACGUGCCAUAUUCAUGACAUGCUACACUUGUUUUGCAAGACAAGAGCUGCACAAGAAAGUUUUUUCGUCGAAAUUACGCAACUUAAUCAAGCUACUUAUUCAUCUCCCAACAUUGACUCUGAAAAGUGUCGUCGCCUUUCCAUCAAUUCCAGAAUUUCGAACUAUCUCUUUUCAAAACCAAGUGGUCCACGUGUUCCACGUGUUCGGUCUUUUUUGUGUUUCUCCCAUGAAGAAAUAAGCUUGCAAAAUGAGCAAAAUUCUUCCAUCCCUCGUGCAUUUGAAUUGCUCAGGGUGUUAGAUGGUAAACCCAUCCAUUUCACUCGUUUUCCUCCUGAUCUAACUCGACUUGUACAUUUGAGGUAUCUUGUUCUCUCCUGCAACUUCAAAAUACUUCCUGCAGCCCUUUCCAGCCUUUGGAACAUGCAAACUCUUGUAGUUGAGACAUCAUCACGCACCCUUGAAAUCAAAGCAGACGUAUGGAAGAUGAUUCGAAUGAGGCAUCUAAAAACAAACGUAUCCACAACAUUGAAAGGCCCUCUCGCUAAAUCAAGGAAAAGUAAAGAAGAUUCUCGGAACUUCCAAACACUUUCUACAAUAUCACCUGAAAGUUGUACAGAAGGUGUAUUUGCUGCUGCUCCAUGCCUAAGAAAAUUGGGCAUCCGGGGCAAAUUAGCUAAACUGUUGCAUAUCAAGCAUAAUGGAUCUAGUUUGUUCGAUUGUCUGGGAAAAUUGGAUUACCUCGAAAAUUUGAAGCUAUGGAAUGAUGUAUCUCCUCAACCACCUUCUGAAGGAAAAAUAAGCAGCCUUCCCCAAAACUACAAAUUCCCAUCGAACCUGAAGAAGCUAACAAUAGUAGAGACCAGGCUUGAUUGGAAGCAUAUGUCUACUUUGGGACUGUUGGAAGGCCUUGAGAUCCUGAAGUUGAAAGACAAUGCAUUCAUAGGAGACUUGUGGAAGUCCCAGGAUGGAGGUUUCCGUUCUCUGAUAGUCUUGCAUAUUGGAAGGACAGAUUUAGUUUAUUGGAAGGCUUCUGCUGUUCAUUUCCCACGGCUCAAGUGCCUUCAUCUUAAUCACUGCAGAAAGCUUGAUGAAGUCCCAUUCGAGCUGGCUAAUGUUCCAAGCUUCCAGAAAUUGGACUUGAAAUUUACCACGAGAGCAGCAGCUGUUUCUGCAAAAACUAUUUCGGAGCAUAAAAGGCAGCCUGGUGGUAGUGGAUUUGAGCUUUCGAUUUACCCUCCGGAUCAUUAUCAAUGAUCUCCAUUUGUUCAAGGCUCAAAAAUUCUACUUCAGAGGCAGAUAAUCAAAUGAACAAUGAUGUCUUGAAUGUUGAAGAAAGGAAGUUUAGAUGCAUGGAGCCAAUGUUUCUGUUCCCUGUGUUUUUACAUUUCGUUCAAUAAAAGGUUGCACCUUAUUUAAGUGUAUGUUGAACUUCAGAAUAUUUGUAUUUCUUUUUAUUCAGUGUGUUGUACUGCUGUAAUAAUUUUACCUUGCUUUAGUUUUUGAAUAUGGAAUUACUGCUGCCUUCAUUUUACUUA